AAAUAUUACAACCCUAGCAUCCUUGCAUGGCCAGAACUUGGUUCUUCUUCCAGGAUUGGAGACGUUCAUUUUGUAAAGGUCACUUCUGCUGAGAGACGUAAGUUUAAUGGACUUGACACUCUGCCUUAUUAUCCAACUGCACUGGGUAAAGUACGAAUGACGCACGAAUCGAGUACAAAUAUCCUGCGAUAUUGUACAAUUGGUUAAACCUGUUUAAUCGGUCGGCUGAGCGUGCAACGCUUCUCUAUCUGCCUCGCUUUUCCUACUCUUAAAGAAAUGCGCUUGAAAUUAACAAAUAUAAAUAUCUUAUUAGAGUAGACUCAUUGUUUGUAGUUUGACUCACCCUCCGAGCUCGUCAAAAUACGGCACAACUCGUAAAAAUACUCAGAGAUACUACACACCAAAAUGUCUAAUAUGAUAUAUUUGUUGUACUAAAUGCAAAGUUACAUUUAUCUAGAAAAAGUGGGUGGGAAGGGAUGGAGGGUUGGAAAGUGCUCAAGGACACCCGACGUUCUGUUGUUUACCAAUAACCCAAGGGCAAGCUAUAUUUGAAGCACAAAGUAAAGGAAACUGCUCAUCGCUAAUCAUUAGAAAGGGUUUGGUGGUCUGACAAGACUUAAAGGAGAGGGGAGGGUUUUGGAGCCCCCUGACCCCCCCUCUCCCCCAGAUUUCCCCUUGUCAACACUUAAAUGAUGGCUUUAGCUUCACAAAAACUGUUUUAACUAUUAAACUAAGUAGAGCUAUCGGGUGCAUACCUUAAUUAUAGUGGGUGAAUUUACAUUUUCUAUUUAGAUUGGCGUGAAGUUUCAGUUGGUGAGGUGGUUGUAGAAAAUACCGUUAAUGUUGUUGCAAAUAAAACUGUUGAAAACGGAUCUGGAGUUGUUAUCGAAAUUGAGCGUCAGUCACCACCAGUCUCUUGUAAUAAUACAAUCGGUUCGGUCACAGUUGACGGCGUGCUGAUAUCUGUACCUGGGAGCUGGAGAAGAAUCAAAUACAAGCAGACGUUCAUGGAAACUCAGAAAUGUUUUGCAAUUUUUGGGAGCGUUCCUAACUGGUGAGAUAUUUACUUAAUCUCUCACAUUUCUCUUGUAAGUAUUAUCCAUCUGGAAAGUCGCGGGAAGGGGAGGGUGGGGAUACUUAGGAUUUAUCAAUUCUAAACCUUGAAAAAGACUUUGAAAAGUCAGUGCGCCAACUUUCUUUCUAUCUAAGGAACUCGCUGUGCAUGGAAUUGUUUCGCGAAUUCAAAUUUCCAUUCCCCAACCCCUCCUUAAAUUAUUGUUUCUUCUAUUGUGUAAGGAAACAUCUGUGUAUUUCAUGAACUUGCGAACUGCAGUUUUGGAAAAGCACUCGGUUUUCUGUCUGUCAACCUCGUUUAUUUCCAACGGCUUCAAUUAGGGGUUUUAAAGCCCUAAGUUAAAGCAAUUAUGACAUCAUCUGGAAAAAAGCAAAAAUAACGCGCCAUAGAGGACUCGAUUUACCUUUUUUGGCGUCAAGUGCAGGAAAACAAGUGUUUCAAAACUUGUAUCAAACUGUAUCGUUACUUAAACAAAGCAGCGACUUUUUUGAUUUCGGCCAAAGGAAAUAUUUGCCCAAGUAACAAUCCUUGGUUAAUUCUUUCAUCACUACAGGGCCUCCGGUAUAUACACUCCCGGUGUUUUGGAAUUUGACUUUGAUUUGGAUGAACUUUGGAAAGAAGAAUAUCUUGGCCCAAAUGGUAAUAAACGCAUCUAAAAAACCUUGUGCGGGAUUUAAAGUUAACUGGUAACGUCAUUUAAGGAAGUGUGCCUCAUGGGCCUGAAAAAAUUUGCUUUAGUGAGUUUUUUCUUUGGUUCUCAGAUUUAAAUUAUGAAAGUGUUCAAAAGUGACGAUGGAACUUCGCCGUGUGAUAUCUAAUAUGAAACUAUUUAAAGCCCUCCCUCCUCACCUCUAUAAGGAAAGGAAUACAGCAGAGCUAAGGCACUGAAAAACCUAUCAAUAACAGGGCUAGUUUGCAUUUGGUGAAUGCUUUACUUGUAGUUAUAUUAUUUGACGACUCUUGUGUCUGCACCUCACUCGACGUUUCCUUUGCACCAAAGUCUCACCGUUGCAUCAAUUUGUUUUGGACAAAAAUAGAUCAUCGUGGUGUGAUCUGUAAGACUGUGCUAAUAUACACAGGAAAAACUUCUGAGUAGAGUUCAGCUAUUGAUGAUAACAAUAAGCAUGCUGGUGAUUAAACACUGUAGUACUACAUUAGAUUUGUCUCCCUGUUAUUUUCAAGGUAAUCAUUUCGAUGGCGUGAAUGCUUUGUGCGGUGAUGAACACUUUUGGAUGGUAAAUAAACCAAAUACUCCGGUAGCCGGAGUCAGUCUGAGACGAAAGAGCGGCGGGGCGAUUGCCGGGAUAUCCACCUUUGGCAAGUGUGGGAUGUUCAAGUUCAAGAUUUCUGAUAUUUGUGUUCUGGACUAA